AUGUCAAUAUUAUUUCUAUCGGUAUAUAGUCAAAUAAAAAUAAAACAAGAUGAUGAUUUAUGUCCAAAAAUUAUCGGUAUACUUUGUGUUAAAAAUGUUCUUUUGGAUAUUGCACGAACAGCUGACGAAAUCAAUAUAAUAGCUCAUAAAAUGGAACAAGAUAUUUCUGAAUACGAACCAACGCCAAUGACUCUCAAUGAUUAUAUUAAUGAUAAAAUGAAACAUAUACAAUCGAGUAAACCAAAAUCAUAUUAUCAUGAACAAUUUAUGAAUAUUCAAAAUAAUAUUAAUAAAACGGAUUUUCUUCAUUUAUUGCAAGAAGAAUAUUAUGCUUUUAGUUAUUUGUAUAAUUCAAUACAGCGUAUUUUAAAAAUAGGAAAUUUGUUUAGUACUUCAAUGGAUGAAUCAUUUGAAGAAAUUUUAAAUAAUUUACAAAAAAAUAUUUUAUGUAAAUAUCGUAGUAUUUUUAAUGUUUAUUCUGAAUUAUGGUUACCAAUAGAUAAAAUUCAUGGUAUGGAAAUAUUAAUAAGUCGAAAACGAAAUGCACCAUCAUUUUUAUAUAAUGCUUAUUCAAUGAUAAUUAUUCGAUUAUUAUAUGAAUGGAUAGAAAAUGUUAAUAAUAUUGCUAGCAAUAUUGAUAGCAAAUAUUUUCGUUAA